AUGUCGGAGUAUGGAAUAGCCACCUACCUCCUAAUAACAAAAAUUCUGGUGACUCUCUACGACAUCCUGACUCUCCCGGUUUACAUAAUUGUGCAAAGACCUUGGAACUACUUCAUAAAGAAAAGACAAUCUUUUGGCCUUCGCCUUGAUGACGACGACCCGGGGUCUCCCUAUGUCAAAGCAGACAUUUCGAGAGUGGACAGAAUAGGAGAUCUUCGGACCAUGGACGAGCUCAUGCGACGUGCUGUUCUGAAGUACGCCGAUCGCCCAUGCAUGGGAAAACGAGAACUUCUCGGAGAGGUCGAGGAUAAACAGAAUGGAGGUAAAGUAAUCAAGAAGCUUUCUCUAGGACAGUAUCAAUGGCUCUCCUACAACGAAGUCGACACCAAAAUUGACCUGGUCUCCCGUGGAUUCAUGUCUCUGGGACUACGGCCGCAAGAGUGCCUGGUGAUCCUUGCCGAAACGCGACAGGAAUGGUUGAUCGCUGCUCAGGCCUGCUUUCGAGUGAACAUCCGGGUCGCGGCGCUUUCUGCAACAUCGGCCGAGCAAGAUAUAAUAGAAUGCAUAAACAAACUUGAAGCAACUCAUCUGUUGACGUCUUGUGAUCACAUGCCUAAGGUUGCAAAGAUCAUAAGCAAGAUGCCACAUUUGACACACGUCAUCUACAUGGAGAACCAAGGUUCAGAACUAAGCGUCAAUCUUCCAGAAAGAGUUUUUGCGUUUUCUUUUCCUGAGAUCGAGGAGAAAGGAAAGAGGGCAGAUAUUGAGUUGUGGGGCCAAACGCCAACUGAAGAUGAUAUUGCAGUAAUUAUGUACACGAGCGGCUCUACAGGUGUUCCCAAAGGUGUCAUGAUCACUCAUCGUAACUUGAUUGCUACAUUAAGGGGAUUCAGUGCCAGUUGCCCUGAUUUUGGACAGAUGGCUGAUGAUGCCUACAUAGCCUACCUUUCCCUAUCUCACAUUCUGGAGCUCGUAGCGGAAUGCUUUUCCCUUUCCGUAGGAGCAAAAAUAGGCUAUUCUUCAGCUUUGACCCUUACGGACAAAUCAAGAGGAUUACAGCCGGGAACAGUAGGAGGCGCGACUCUACUGAAGCCUGCAAUCGUGUUAUUAUCACCUCUCAUUCUAAAUCGCAUCCGCAAGAACAUCAUGGAAACUGUUGCCGGAAAGGGUGAAUUGUUCAGCAGAUUUUUUGACUAUUGGCUCAACUACAAGACUUUCUGGCUUGGAAGAGGCUUCAACACUCCAAUCCUGAACAGGGUUGUCUUCAAGGAAAUGCGCUCCUUGCUCGGUGGACAAUUCAGGAUCAUAGCCACGAGCUCGGCACCUCUUUGUAUGAAAAAUGAUGUAUUUGUGCGAGCAUGUCUCGACUGUUGCCCGGUACAAGUGUAUGGCCUCAUUGAAACAGCAAAUUCGGGGGCACUCAGAGAUGUGAAUGACACGAAUUUCGGCCGCAUUGGAUCGCCAUCGCAAGGAUGCUACGUGAAGCUGGUGAACUGGGAUGAGGGCAGGUACUACAUCACUGAUGAGCCACGUCCAAGGGGCGAGAUUGUGGUUGGCGGAGAGUGUGUAACGUUGGGAUACUUCAAGGACGAAGCUGCCACGAUGAGGUGUUUUAAAGAAGAAGGCGGAAUACGGUGGUUCUAUACCGGCGACAUUGGAGAGAUUUACCCUGAUGGCACCAUCUGUGUUCUCGACCGCAAGGAAAACAUAGUGAGACUUCAAGACGGACAGUAUGUGUCCCUCGGAAAGAUCGAGAUGGAACUGAAAGCGAGCCCAUUUAUUGAGAACAUGUGCGUGUAUGGUAGCUCAUACCACUCUUACCUGGUCGCGUUCGUGGUGCCGAACCCAACAAAACUGCACACUUUGGCUGUGCAGGAGGGUAAGGGCAAUCUGAAUUUCAAUCAGGCCUGUAGAAAUCCCGCCAUUGUUAGGGCUUUCACAAAUGCAGUUGCGUCUUACGGACUCAAGGCCAACCUGGAGAAGAAAGAGAUACCCCUGAAAGUAAAGUUGUGUGAAGAAGACUGGCAGCCGGACACUGGUUUAGUGACCACAGACUACAAAAUUCGCCGGCGAAAUAUUCAAAUAUUUUAUCAAAACGACCUCGACGAAAUGUACGGUGAAAGUGAAACCACGUUCGUGAGGUGA